CACUGGUUUAUACUAGCUCGUAAUGAGGAUAUUGGAUAUAGGAUGCUGGCGGGACAAUCAAUGUGUGACGGUACAUUACGAUGUUUAGCCCGUCGAUUUCUACGAAACAGGAGAGAUCUGAUAAUACCAAGUCUAACGUUUUCUGUAAGAUAUACAAUGAUCCUUACAAAUGGUCUCUGGUGAAAAGUGUCGCAAUGUUUGCUUCUGGAGUUGUUGGUUUUCUUAUCAUUCACGAGGCCGUAAACGCUCCUUUAGAAACUGUAUAAAUAAUUUGAUUGUAAAUUAAAUUAGAAUGUUUUCUUGUGAAUAAACUAUGAAGUGAUUCUUACUUUUUGAUUUCUAGACUACACUUGGCAUACAUAUGCUUAUAUAUGUUUUCCUCGUAAAUUUGUUUUUUUUUCUAAGCAAAUAGCAAUGAACAAUGUUGAUUCGAAAAUCGAUUUCGACAGUUCAUUCAAUUGCGUUAAAAGUGCACAGGAACGCCUGGUUCAUCUCAGGGAUCGUCAGUUAAAGCGACGUGGUAUACUUCUCCGUCUUCUCCUGAGGGAUAGCUCCUUCUUGGCAAAACUAGAUGCUUGUGAUAAUCGUAAUAUAACCUUGUCAGAGGUCCUCGGUCACCGUAGGCCUCUUCACUCAAAGUACGAUGAAAUCAUUCACAGAAAACAGUCAAUCUUACCAAUCAUUUCUCGUCUGAAAAGUCCAGUGCUUAGUCUGAAACUACGUCGAGCUAUACAAUCUUUCUUACGCGAAUCUAGUACAACUAAUCAUGAUAAUAAUCAAAUUAUUCAACAUUGGGAUAAAUUUAGUCUUGAAGUUGUUGGUGAUAAACUUCGACAAACACUGGCAUCAUGCAUAUCAACCAAUACAAAUAGCGGUAAUUUAAACGAUAAAGCAUCAAAUGAAGACAAUGCUAUUAGUAAAGCAGGAGAUCCUGGCGGUGAUUUAACUAUCAGGACUUUUACUGGUUCAGCUGCUUUUCUCAAAGGAACUCAAAGUGCUAAUCCACAUAAUGACUAUUGUCAGCACUUUGUAGAUACUGGUGAACGUCCACAAAAUUUCAUACGUGAUACAGGUUUAAGAAAUCGAUUUGAAGAAUAUCCUAAACUGCGUGAAUUAAUUCGACUAAAAGAUCAGUAUAUUCAAUCUAAAGCUACCCCACCUAUGUAUUUAUGCGCUGAUCUAAGGACAUUUGAUUUAAAUGAACUGGACUCAAAGUUUGAUGUUAUUCUUAUUGAGCCUCCGUUAGAAGAAUACCAUCGAAUGAAUGGUGCUGUAUUCGAUCAGUAUUGGAGUUGGGAUGAAAUUGAACGUUUGCAAAUUGAACAGAUAGCUGCUCCACGUGCAUUUGUUUGGAUCUGGUGUGGCUCUGGUGAAGGUUUAGAUGCUGCUCGUAGGUGUUUACGUAAAUGGGGAUUUCGUCGUUGUGAAGAUAUCUGUUGGAUUAAAACAAAUAUAAAUAAUCCACGACAUGAAACUCUUGAACCGAAUGCUGUAUUUCAGCGCACAAAAGAACAUUGUCUAAUGGGUAUACAUGGAACUGUUAGACGAUCAACAGAUGGUGAUUUUAUUCAUGCUAAUAUAGAUAUUGAUUUGAUUAUUGAAGAAGCUCCACCACAGGGGAGUUAUGCUGCUAAAGAUAAACCAACUGAAAUAUUUCAUAUUAUUGAACAUUUUUGUCUUGGCCGACGAAGAUUACAUCUAUUCGGUCGAGAUAGUACACUGAGACCUGUGCCCCAAGAAAGAAUCAACUUCCAGUGUCAGUAGCCCGUAAGCAACAAUCGUCCACACACUUCCAAAAGCUACGAAGCUGAAAGUUGUUGACAUGAACAACUAGUUUUUGAAGUUGUGUUAUUAUCAAAGGAUGUUUCAUCCAUUAUGAUUAAUUGGGUGGUGACGUCUAUGCAUGGUGGAGGAGAUUUUCAGCUCAUAUUUGAAAUAUUAAUAAUAAUUGUAUGGUUUUUUCUACAUUUCGAUACUUGAUAUUUCAUCGAUAGACUUUGGUGUCUACGGUUGGUUAACUGUCGGUAAUGAACUAUCUGCAUCAAAUUAUGAUCCUCGUAUGUAUGCAAAUAAUUUUAGUAAAGAACCAAAUGGUUUAUUCCUUGGAUCAACUGAAGAAAUUGAACGAUUACGUCCAAAAUCUCCACCACCACGUCAUCCAAAUCCUAACACGGCUCCUAGCGGUAGUGGUACACCUAGUACUAUUUGUCCGAUUUCAGAGGUUACGCCUACACCAAUUUGUCCUAACCCUGUUUUACCACCUGCUGGACACAUGUCACGUUCAAUAUCGUCUAUAUGUUCACUUGGUAAUUCUGUUGUAUCAAAUAUUAGUUCACUUUCUGGAGUACCAUGUGUAUGCUUUUACGCAUCAUUAUCAUUACGUUUCUUUUCCGUAAUUUAUGAAGCUGCAUUGACUGAAAUUCCUAGGGUUAUGGAUAAUACAUGUUGAGCCAUCGCCUUCCUUGUCGAUCAAUGUUGCCUUAUAUACGAUUAGUUGAGAAAAAGGGACGUAGAAGAGAAGUUCGAUUAAUGAAGUCUUUCAAUAUUGGUUUUAACCACAUAGAGAAGUAUAAACUACUUGUCUAGGUGGGGUCAUCGAGAUGCGAGAAACCAAUGGCCAAAGACUAUUGAUGACAUGGUUUGAAAUCGUACUUAAUGACGUAAAUUUAUUCACUCUUUAUCAUCUCCGCAAAUCUGUUGAAUCCUCAUCAACUAUCCUUUAUGUGUACUUUUAUAAAGUACUAUACUUUCGUGCAAAAUUAAUUGUACGUUAAAAUUCACGUGACUGUCGAUUUGAUGCCUUUUCCUCACUAAAUUCGCAUUUUGCCCUUUCUCAUUAUGUUUAAUAAUAAUAUUCAUGAACAAUGCUUGCAUCAAUUAUCAAAUUCUGCUUAACUCAACAAUGAUUAUCCCCCAAUUCGCAUGAAAUUAUUGAUAAUCUGACGGCAAAGCCUAUAAAUCCAUUGCAAUAGUUCAACCUGGAAUAUUUCCCUUUUUUAUUUCCGUCUAAAAGUAAACUUGUUUAUCAAUAAAUAAAUUUUUGCAGUGAUCUACUUGUUUUAUAGUAAUCAGCUUUUUUUCAAAACGGAGUUCCUACUAUCUUUAACGCUCUUAUAAAAUACCUCUGUACUGCUCUCUUAUGUAAACAUCAUACUGCGAAUAUACCGUGUAUAAAUCUAUUGAUAAUGACCAUCACGACUGUGUGUUCCCCGUAAACUAAUUAGAAGUUAUUUAUCAAUAUUAUUAUUAUUCCCCUGAGUUCUGAGUGGAACUUGGGGCUUCAACAACACUUCUCCACUUUGUCCUAUCUUCUGUCAUCCUCUUCAGCUUGAGCCACGAUUGCCCUCAAUCUCUCAUCUCCUCCUCACAC